AUGGAGCGUAAAAUAAACAGAAGAGAAAAAGAAAAGGAGUAUGAAGGGAAACACAACAGCUUGGAAGACGCUGACCAAGGAAAGAACUGCAAAUCCACACUGAUGACCCUCAACGUUGGUGGAUAUUUAUACAUUACUCAAAAACAAACACUGACCAAGUACCCAGACACUUUCCUUGAAGGUAUAGUAAAUGGAAAAAUCCUCUGCCCGUUUGAUGCUGAUGGGCAUUAUUUCAUAGACAGGGAUGGACUCCUCUUCAGGCAUGUCCUGAACUUCCUACGAAAUGGAGAACUUCUACUGCCUGAAGGCUUUCGAGAAAAUCAACUUCUUGCACAAGAAGCAGAAUUCUUUCAGCUCAAGGGACUGGCGGAGGAAGUGAAAGCCAGGUGGGAAAAAGAACAGCUAACACCCAGAGAGACUACUUUCUUGGAAAUAACAGAUAACCAUGAUCGCUCCCAAGGACUGAGAAUUUUCUGUAAUGCUCCUGAUUUCAUAUCAAAAAUAAAAUCUCGCAUUGUUCUGGUGUCCAAAAGCAGGCUGGAUGGAUUUCCAGAGGAGUUUUCAAUAUCAUCAAACAUCAUUCAAUUUAAAUACUUCAUAAAAUCUGAAAAUGGCACUCGACUUGUACUAAAGGAAGACAACACCUUUGUCUGUACCCUGGAAACUCUUAAGUUUGAAGCUAUAAUGAUGGCUUUAAAGUGUGGCUUUAGACUGCUGACCAGCCUGGAUUGUUCCAAAGGGUCAAUUGUUCACAGCGAUGCACUUCAUUUUAUCAAGUAA